CACCAUGUGGGGCUGGACGGUACUGCCUUCAGUGCUGACUCCAAAGCCCAGGCACUGCAGAGUAUCAGGAUGGUAGCAGUGCCCACAGAAACUGGCAAAGAAAGGCAAAAACAAUGGAAAGUGCAACACCAGAACCCAUUUAUGUGGAUGUGGACAAAGGAUUAACAUUAGCUGGCUUUGUCUUUCUGUGCCUCUUCUUGAUUGUCAUGAUUAUCCGCUGUGCAAAAGUGAUAAUGGAUCCCUAUAAAGCCAUUCCCACAUCCACCUGGGAGGAGCAGCACCUGGACGAUGAAGUGCAAUGUUGAACAGAAGAAAAUGGAACGAUUCCUAUCUAUGCACUUAAACAAAGAGAGUGGGAAUGGGCAGUUUACCUUCAACGCAGGACUUAACAUAAGCACUGAACGUAACACAACAAAAUUGUUCACUGAAUGCAUGUGAAUAAGUGCCUCAGCAAACAUGUCAUGUUUAUUUUAAACAUCUCUUUUCUUUAAAUAAUACAAUGCCCCGGAUCAGUAAACAAUAUAUCUGAUACAUUAUGCAGAUUCUGAGGCCUGAGAAGUAGAUAGGACGAAAACGUAUUUUAUCUUUGAACAUUAAUGGUAUUAACCAUCAUAAAGAACACACUCAGGCUGCGCUAUACCAUGUUCCAAGAUCUCUUCUUAUUUUUGUUGGCAUUACAAUGGCAAUGACAUUGUUUUGGAAGGGCAUACUUGCAUUCGUGUGUAUUAUACUGACCUAAGCAAAGCAAGGGAUUGGAAUCUGCAUCUACAGACAGACAAAGGCAGCACCUGUGAUCAGUUUCAUGGGUGAAUUACAUAAAUUCAGACACCAGUUAUGUCCUUUACACAUGGACGACACAAAUUA